AGUAUCACGCGUGAGUUAUGCAUUUCCAUCUUGGCACCAAACCAAACAUCUCUUUUUUAUUUUGAAGAGUGCAUGUCUCAUAUUUGAGACAAUGUUGUUUGUGAGCAACAAAUCUUUAUUCCACUUGAACAAGCCUCUGUUUCAGUCACUUUGCAGUUUCUUGCACUCAUUUCUUCUUCCUGCCAUGUGAAUCAAGUGACAGGCAUGUUGGUCCCUCACUCUCUCUUUUUCCUCCUUUAACCUGCUUUCAGAACUCCAAGGACUCUGGCCCCUGUCAUGGACCCUUGACAUCAGAGUGAGGCAUGGCAAGGCUGCUUGUCACUUUGUGAGCAGCACUACAAGUAGUGACAGCUAAGAAGAAGAAGAAGAAGGCAAUAUAGCCCAUCAAUGAUUUUUCCAUCUUUCCUUGUGACAAUCUCUCCAACAAUGGCUAAUGAGAAUGGGAAAGCUGGGAUCUUUCUCUUCUUGCUGUUGCUGUUUUGGUUUUAUGGUUUUGGUUCUUGUCUUCUCUCCCCUAAAGGAGUUAACUUUGAAGUGCAAGCUUUGAUGGGGAUUAAAGCUUCUCUCAAGGACCCCCAUGGUGUUCUUGAUAAUUGGGAUCAGGACUCUGUUGAUCCUUGUAGCUGGACUAUGGUUACAUGCUCAGCUGAAAACCUGGUUAUUGGACUAGGAACUCCAAGCCAGAGUUUGUCUGGAACACUCUCUUCAAGUGUAGGAAACUUGACAAACCUUGAGAUUUUGCUCCUGCAGAACAAUAAUAUAUCAGGACAAGUGCCCUCAGAGCUAGGCAAGCUUUCAAAGCUUCACACACUUGACCUUUCAAACAACUAUUUCACUGGUGAAAUCCCCACUUCCCUAGGGAAACUGAAGAGCCUUGAAUACUUGAGGCUGAGCAAUAAUAGCUUGUCUGGAACUAUUCCUUCGUCCCUGGCUAAUAUCACUCAGCUUGCAUUUCUGGAUUUGGCCUAUAAUAAUCUUAGCGGUGUUUUACCCAAGUUUCCAGUAAAGACAUUCAAUAUUGUUGGAAACCCUUUGCUAUGUAAAACAGGUCAAGAACAAGGGUGCUAUGGAACAGUGCCAAUGCCUAUUUCUUUUGAUGUGAAUGUUAAGCCAGGCUCUCCUCCUCAUAGAAGAUCUAAAGGCCACAAAGUUGCUAUUGCAUUUGGUGCCAGCAUUGGCUGUGUCUCUCUUCUCAUCCUCGCCUUCUGCUUGUUUCUAUGGUGGAGACAAAAGCAUAACCAACAGAUUUUUCUUGAUGUAAAUGACCAACAUAACAGCGAAGUUUGUCUUGGAAACCUGAAGAGAUUUCACUUCAGGGAGCUGCAGAUAGCCACAGAUAACUUCAGCAGCAAAAACAUUCUAGGAAAAGGCGGCUUUGGAAAUGUCUACAGAGGUCAUCUCCAAGAUGGAACUAUGGUGGCAGUAAAACGACUCAAGGAUGGCAAUGCUGCAGGUGGAGAAAUUCAGUUUCAGACUGAAGUCGAAAUGAUUAGCUUAGCAGUACACCGAAACCUCCUGAGAUUACUGGGUGUGUGUGUCACUGCAACUGAGAGGCUUCUCGUCUAUCCCUACAUGUCUAACGGAAGUGUUGCUUCCCGACUCAAAGGAAAGCCACCACUGGAUUGGAACAUGAGGAAGAGAAUAGCACUUGGUGCAGGAAGGGGUUUACUAUAUCUCCAUGAGCAAUGUGAUCCAAAGAUAAUUCAUAGAGAUGUAAAGGCUGCAAAUAUAUUACUAGAUGAUUAUUGUGAAGCAAUAGUAGGAGAUUUUGGACUGGCCAAACUCCUCGAUCACAAGGACUCUCAUGUGACCACUGCUGUGAGAGGCACCGUCGGCCAUAUAGCCCCGGAGUAUCUCUCAACCGGACAGUCUUCUGAGAAAACCGAUGUCUUUGGUUUUGGUAUUCUCCUUCUUGAACUGAUUACUGGUCAGGGAGCACUUGAUUUUGGCAAGGCAGCAAAUCAAAAAGGAGCAAUGCUUGACUGGGUGAAAAAGAUACACCAAGAGAAGAAGCUUGACAUGCUGGUAGACAAGGAUUUAAGGAAUGGAUAUGAUCGAAUUGAGCUUGAAGAAAUGGUUCAGGUUGCACUAUUGUGCACACAAUACUUCCCGGCCCAUAGACCGAAAAUGUCUGAAGUGAUCAGGAUGCUUGAAGGUGAUGGACUUGCAGAGAGAUGGGAAGCAUCUCAAAGAGUUGAGGCACACAAGUUCAAAAUGUCGGACUUCUCUUCAUCGGAAAGAUACUCUGAUCUCACCGAUGAUUCAUCGUUGCUUGUUAAUGCAAUGGAGCUCUCUGGACCAAGGUGACAACAGGUAAAGAACACAGUAAUGAGACAGACAAGAAGAGCUUGUAUAGUUAAAAAGUUUCUGCAGAAUUUGCAAGGGAAGCUCUGAAGUUGUAUAGUGAAGUCUUUUUGUUGGUUCAAAAUGUUUCUUUUUUAA